UCCUGUCCAAUACAAGACUGUUUUUCUUGGGUUGUCAUUGGUUCAGGCUUAUCACUGGGCUGAUGGAGCACUCCCAUGUCAGAAAGCUGAAAAAGGGGCAACGUUUUUUUUUUAAUUUUAAGUGGUUAGAGGAAAAGUGAAGACGAGACCCAAAGAUGGCCUUGACUUUGGCAGACAGAGCGAUUGGGGCCGUUAUUGGAGCCGCAGCAGCAGAUGCUGCAGCUCAGCCCAUGCAUUGGAUCUACGAUCCAGACAGGCUCAAAGAAGUUCUCUCUGAUCUGGAGCCCUUUCCUGAAUUUCGACCUCAGUCAGCGAAUCCUUUCUACCGCAGAGCGACCGGCGAGCAGACGUGCUAUGGAGACCAGGCCUACGUCCUGCUGGAGUCACUGAGCCAGUGUGGAGAUGUUAAUGUGGAAGAUUUGACCAAGCGCAUCUACAAGUUCUUCGGUCCGGGAACAGUGUACGAGCUGCCUCUCAACGAUCCGUACAGGGAGAAAGGAGGUCCCAAAGCCAUCCUCCCCAUCGAUGGUCCAUGGAGAAACGCCAGCCUGAAGGCUUUUAUCAGAAAUGUGGAUGCUGGCAAAGAAGAAACUGGCUGUGAUGAGGACUGUCAGAUGGACGCGGUCACUAAGCUGCCUCCGGUGGUGGCCCUGUACGCUGGCCGGCCUGAGAUGCUGGAGAAAGUGGAGAAAGCCAUUCGGGUGACCCAGAACGAUGACAUGUGUGUGGCUGUAACGUUGGCUGCAGCGAGGUUUUUGGAGCAUUUCAUUCUCAAUGGGUCCGAUUCCAACGCGCUGGAUGCAGUUCUGGCUCAGUUGAAUGACCCGAAGAGGCAGAACCCUCAGGAGCUGGACCGUGCCGUCAUUGCGCAUAUCUACCAGGUGAAGGACAACCUAGCCAAGACAUCCCAACAGCUCAUCCCUGCCGUGUUCACAAACACAUGAGCUUUGCCUGGUGCGUUCCAGGGAGCGCUACACGGAGUCCUGAAGCUGAAACAGCUGGAUGAAGCAGUGAGGGACACUAUGCGCUGCGGGGGAUGCACCGCCAGCAGAGCCUCCUUCAUAGGAGCCUGUUUUGGGGCCCAGAAUGGUCUCCAGGGGGUCCCGGAGUCUUGGAGGAAGAGGACACUGAGAUAUCCUCUGCUGCUGCAGCUCUCUGAAAGUUUGGUCCAAAAAAGGCUGCAAUUGUAGUUCAGCUUUCAUUUUGCCCCAAAUGCAGUUGUUUUAUCACACACCAAGUAUUUAUGGAGCGUGGAUAAUAAAAUCUAGAAGACUUUCUCAGGUUUCAGAUGUACUUUGACAAAUGGUGAUCCAUGACAGUCUCAUUCUAAAGUCGUGUGCUGAGUGAAACUUGAAUCCAUUCGCUUUGUCAAAGCUGCGUCAUGUAAAUAAGUGAAAGUCUGUGUCAAGUAUUUAUGUUUUGUAGAGUCUAAAUAAGUUAUGUUAUGUCUAAAAUAAAGAUCCUAAAUGUUUCUCCAUUCAUUCAA